CCCUCCUCCUCCCUUCGGUUUCUCUCAUCCUCUCCCUCCCCCCGGUCCUCUAUGCUCAGUUCGGUGUGUGUAUCCUCUUUCAAAGGGCGCAAGGGUGGGAACAAGUCGUCCAACAAAGCAUGUUACAGCGCAGACAUGACUUGUCCGUCGGAAAGCGAGAAAAUCGUGAUAAACUGCGGGGGGGUGCGGCAUGAGACCUACCGGAGCACCCUAAAAACGUUGCCCGGUACCCGCUUAUCGUGGCUCACCGAGCCGGACGCGUUCAGCAACUUCGACUACGAUCCCAAAUUAGACGAGUUCUUCUUCGACCGCCACCCGUCAGUGUUUUCCUUCAUCCUCAACUAUUACCGCACCGGGAAGUUGCACUGUCCCAACGAUGUGUGCGGUCCCCUGUUCGAAGAGGAGCUGGCCUUCUGGGGCAUCGAUGAGACGGACGUGGAGGCUUGUUGCUGGAUGAAUUACCGGCAGCAUCGGGAUGCAGAGGAGGCACUGGACAGCUUCGAGACUCCAGAACCGGACGCGCCAGACGACGACCCGGCGCUGGGUGGUGCGGAUGGGGACUUGAAAAGACUGUGCAUGCAAGAGGACGCGAGGAAAGCGGGCUGGUGGAAAACCUGGCAGCCCAGAAUAUGGGCACUGUUUGAAGACCCGUAUUCCUCCAAAUAUGCCCGGUAUGUGGCUUUUAUCUCCCUAUUCUUCAUCCUCAUCUCCAUCUCCACUUUCUGCAUGGAGACGCAUGAGGCCUUCAACACCAUCAUCAACAAGACAGAGAACGUCACAGUGGGCAACAUGACCCGUGAGGAGAUAGUAUAUGAAGUGGUGACUGACAGCUGGUUGACAUAUGUGGAAGGUGUGUGUGUCAUUUGGUUCACCCUUGAGGUCCUGCUGCGAGUCACCUUUUGCCCAGACAAGUUUGAAUUCUUCAAAAGUACCCUCAACAUCAUCGACUUUGUUGCUAUCCUGCCCUUCUAUCUGGAGGUUGGUCUGAGUGGGCUGUCCUCCAAAGCUGCCAAGGAUGUCCUGGGGUUUCUGCGUGUUGUCCGAUUUGUCCGUAUCCUCCGAAUCUUCAAGCUCACUCGCCACUUCGUAGGUCUCAGAGUCCUUGGCCACACCCUUCGUGCCAGUACCAAUGAAUUCCUCCUGCUCAUCAUCUUCUUAGCCCUUGGUGUCCUCAUAUUUGCCACUAUGAUCUACUAUGCUGAAAGAAUUGGUGCAGACCCAGAUGACCCAACAGUGAGUGCCCAUACCAAGUUCAAGAACAUCCCCAUUGGAUUUUGGUGGGCCGUUGUGACCAUGACCACACUGGGUUAUGGAGAUAUGUACCCGGAGACAUGGUCAGGGAUGCUGGUGGGUGCGCUGUGUGCCUUGGCUGGUGUGCUAACCAUUGCUAUGCCUGUACCUGUCAUUGUCAACAACUUCGGCAUGUACUACUCUCUGGCUAUGGCCAAACAAAAGCUUCCCAAAAAGAAGAACAAACAUAUCCCCCGAGCGCCGCAACCAGGAUCCCCCAACUACUGCAAGCCAGAUGCUCUGGCGAUGGCUACUGCUUCACCACAAAGAAUCUUAGGAAAUGUCUUAGGCGGAGUGAUGGGGUCUGGAGGAAUAGGGGGUGACUGUCCGCUCGCACAAGAAGAAAUUAUAGAGAUCAACAGAGAUUCUAAGCAGAAUGGUGAUGCAGCCUCGGCCGCCUUGGCUAAUGAGGACUGCCCCACCAUCGACCAGGUGCUGAGCCCUGAUGAGAGGAGUCCUAUUGGGCGAGGCCCCACCCGGGAGCGCUACCAGCAGGACAGAGCCUGCUUCCUACUUAAUACCAGGGAAUUCCGUGCCACAGAUGGGAAUGUGCGGAAAGAGGCAGCAGCCCUGGCACCCAGCCCAGACUCCCCUCUGACUGAGGAUUGGUAUAAGAUGGAGAGGUCUCUGUUACAGCAGGACCUCAAUGCAAACUCCACCUCUUCCUGGAUCAAACCAUAGAACAGAGUGUUAAGUUUCUAGCAUUCACCUUCUCUCUAAUGAAGAGUCCGUAACCGGUAAACACAAAUUUGCGGCAGGAGCCACAUAAGCGACAGGUGUGACACGGAUGGACAGUUUAAAGGAGAUCUUUGGGGUGACAAGAGAGACCAGAGGUUAAUCAUGAAUUUAAAAAUCAUAUGGUCUGCUCCUCACAUUGUUACCAAAGCAGCCUCUUGGAACUCCAACCACACUUUUGACAGCUGUCUG